AUGGCCACCGCAGCUGCAAAUAACCAGGGCACGUCGCUCGACAUACGAGUCGAGGACUUCCUGGACGAUAAGCUUCAGUCAACCACGGACCUGGAAAACCUCGAUACACUACUGGCCAACGUGGAGCUACAGCGCAACCAGUUGCAAUCCCAGCUGGACACCGCCGUUAAGGAGCUUGAGGAAACUCGACGCACAGCCGAUGACCGCCAGAGCUCUCUUCUCGCCCGCAUUGAAGAAUUUCAGCAACUUCAAGACAGCAUCGAUGUCCGUGUCAAGAUCACCGCUGCCUCGGAUGCUCCGAAUCAGGCUAUUGGCCGGCUUCAAGCGCCCAUGAAAAAGCUUCAGAUGGUUGAGCUGGCACAGAAGUAUCUUUACCUCCUCCAAGAUGUCGAAAAGUUCCGUUCCGAAGCACGGUCUCAUCUGCCUCAAAGUCCCAAGGCUGCAUUGGGGCCAUACAUCAACCUAAAGCAGCUUGCGCACAAGUUGCGAGGCCUACCUGGUCAGGAGGGAUUGCACCUCGUCGACUAUGUCGAGAAGGUAACCGAAUCUCUCUGGAACGAGAUGAAGAGUACCAUGUCAGCAGAGCUCGAGGCUAUCCUGAAACAGAGGAAAUGGCCCAAGGUUGAUCCCCAGUCCGAGAUGGAUGACGAGUGGAUCAACUGCUUCGAGAAGCUCCUGGAUCUUCAACUUCCCGAGAUUGAGUAUAGCAAGGGUCUUGUGUCGCUAUUGCCGUUCGAUACCAUGACAUCCAUCUUUGUCUCCGAGUUUCGUUUCCACUUUCUCAGCGACAAGGCUACGAGCAGCCCCCAGGCGUUCGGCACACACUGUCUACCUUGGUUCCUCGCCCUUAUUGAAAAAUGGGAAGACUUUUUCCGGGACAAUCUUGGAUAUCUACUCACGGCCAAGUUUCAGGAUACUUCAGUGGCCACCAACCUGGCCUAUAUCGAUCCUGUUUCUGCACUCAUUACAUCGGUGCUGCCUGUGUUGAAGGAAAAGACGUCUGUUGUGGCAGCUGAGGCUGUCAAAAGCCCGGCCUUUUUGAGCAGCUUCAUAUCCCAACUGAUGAACUUUGACGAUAGCGUUCGUUCCAAGUUCAACUAUGAUGGUGAUGAUGCGGAGAACGGUUGGCCUGGCCUGUCGGCGCACAUCUUGGAUGAGCACUUUGACACCUGGUUCAAUGCUGAGAAGGACUUUGCUCUGGAACGAUUCCAUACUAUCAUGGAAUCACAAGACGCCCGAAAUAUUGACUACGACUAUGCGGUUCAAGGGAAGAUGAAGCCAACAUACGCUUCUGUGCAAGUCACAGACCUUCUGCGAUCCGUGACCAGUCAGUACGAGAGGGUGCGCAGCUUCAAGCACAAAAUCCGCUUCUUGAUCGGCAUACAGCUUGAAAUUCUAGACGGCUACCAUAGCCGUCUCAGGGACGCUCUUCAAGCAUACCAGACCAUGUCUUCGACCCUUGGCCGAACUCUUGGUGGGAAUAAGGAGGAUCUUGCAGUUCUUGAAGGAACGGGUAGUUUUGAGGUGCUCUGCAAGGUGAUUGGUAGUGCCGAUCAUAUUGUCAACACAUUGAAAGACUGGAGUAAUGAAGAGUUCUUCGUCUCAUUGUGGGAUGAACUGCAGACUCGCGCGGCUCAACGAAAGAGCAACAUCACAAGCACUAUGAGCUAUGAAGAUGUUAAGGACCGCACCUCUACGGCUGUAGGACAGAAUAAUGAGGACGGGGCCCUGUUUGACGAGACAGUCGCAGCGUAUAGCAUGCGCCGCAAGGCUGCCGAGGAACUUCUCGUCGGCGCUCUGGCCGAGUCUCACGGGAAGGCGUUCCGGGCCUACACGACUCGUGUUCAAUGGACAACCGUCGGUGAGGCGGCUAUUCUUGACGAGAUGGCCAUCACUCAGGAACUCGACGAACCACUUCGUAUCCUCCAACGAAACUUGGACUUCUUGGCUAAGCCCCUCUCCGCUGCUGCCUUCCGCCGCGUUUGGCGUGACGCUCUCAACAAGAUCCAAGAUCACCUGUGGCAGAGUGUCCUUCUUCGACAGAACUUCACCACCUAUGGAGCAACCCAGUUCCGUCGUGAUGGCGAUGCCUUGGUUGCCGUUGUUGAGCGGUACAUUCCCGGUGGUUCAUCUACUCUCGACAGCUUGACAGAGGGAAUGAGGCUGUUGAGUCUCCCCGUCGAGGCCAGCGAAGGAGGCGGUCUCACGCUCAAGGAAGCCAGCGAUCGCGUCUUCACAGAUAGUGACGAGGCACGUAAGGUGCUCGAAGAACUUGGACUCAACGAGUUGACACCACACAACGCAAGAAACAUCCUGCAGCGGCGUGUCGAGAACAAUGAGAAUGUAGGAUGGUGA